AUGGUCGAUGAAACUACAAUCGAUCAUCAUUCUUCUCAUCCUAUAAAGAUUUCGCGUCCACCGCUGCCCCUACUCAAGAACAAUUCAUGGUCUCCGGACGCGUUUCGCGAUGAGGCGUGGCGGCGGAAGAAGAAGAGAUCGCCCAUCAGCCGUAGGAGUAGGAGCAGGAGCGUCACCGAUGAAGACAUUGACGAACUAAAGGCAUGCAUCGAACUUGGAUUCGGGUUCGAUUCACCCGAAGUUGACAAGCGAUUAUCCGAUACACUUCCUGUGUACCAACUCUAUUACGAUGUCAAUUCUUCUUCUUCUUCUUCCAUUGGAAGCCCCAUCACCAAAUUCAGCCCUGGAGAAAAUCCAGUGAUGGUGAAGACUAGAUUGAAACAAUGGGCACAAAUGGUGGCUUGCUUGGUCAUCCAAUCUUCAAAAUGA